UUACCCUCAUCGCCACCAUGCUGGCCUCAGGGCUGCUUGUGGUGGCUUUGCUGGCCUGCCUGAGUGUAAUGAUCUUGAUGUCCAUCUGGCGGCAGAGGAAGCUCUGGGGGAAGCUGCCUCCUGGACCCACCCCACUGCCCUUCAUUGGAAACUACCUGCAGCUGAACACAGAGCAGAUGUACAACUCCCUCAUGAAGAUCAGCGAGCGCUAUGGCCCUGUGUUCACCAUCCAUCUGGGGCCUCGCCGGGUUGUGGUGCUGUGCGGACAGGAUGCGGUAAAAGAGGCUCUGGUGGAUCAGGCUGAGGAAUUCAGUGGGCGAGGCGAGCAGGCCACCUUCGACUGGCUCUUCAAAGGCUAUGGUGUUGCGUUCAGCAACGGAGAGCGCGCCAAGCAACUCCGGCGCUUCUCCAUCACCACGCUUCGGGACUUCGGCGUGGGCAAGCGCGGCAUCGAGGAGCGCAUCCAGGAAGAGGCGGGUUUCCUCAUCCAAGCUUUCCGGGACACGCGCGGCGCAUUCAUCGAUCCUACCUUCUACCUGAGCAGAACAGUCUCCAACGUCAUCAGCUCCAUUGUCUUUGGGGACCGCUUUGAGUACGAGGACAAAGAGUUCCUGUCACUGCUGCGCAUGAUGCUGGGGAGCUUCCAGUUCACAGCUACCUCCACCGGACAGCUCUAUGAGAUGUUCUCUUCUGUAAUGAAGCACCUGCCAGGACCACAGCAACAGGCCUUUAAAGAGCUUCAGGGACUUGAAGACUUCAUAACCAAAAAGGUGGAGCAGAACCAACGCACACUGGACCCCAAUUCCCCCAGGGACUUCAUCGACUCCUUCCUUAUCCGAAUGCAGGAGGAGAAUAAGAACCCUAACACGGAGUUCUACAUGAAGAACCUGGUACUGACCACACUGAACCUCUUCUUUGCGGGCACAGAGACCGUCAGCACGACCCUGCGCUAUGGUUUCCUGCUGCUCAUGAAGCACCCAGAUGUGGAGGCCAAGAUCCAUGAAGAGAUUGACCGAGUGAUUGGCAAGAAUCGUCAGCCCAAGUUUGAAGACAGGGCCAAGAUGCCCUACACAGAGGCAGUGAUCCAUGAGAUCCAAAGAUUCGGAGACAUGAUCCCCAUGGGCCUGGCUCGCAGGGUCAUCAAGGACACCAAGUUUCGAGACUUCCUCCUCCCCAAGGGCACCGAAGUGUUCCCUAUGCUGGGUUCUGUGCUGAGAGACCCCAAGUUCUUCUCCAACCCCCGAGAUUUCUACCCCCAGCACUUCCUGGACGAGAAGGGGCAGUUUAAGAAGAGUGAUGCUUUUGUGCCCUUUUCCAUUGGAAAGCGGUACUGUUUUGGAGAAGGCCUGGCUAGAAUGGAGCUCUUCCUUUUCCUCACCACCAUCUUGCAGAACUUCCGCUUCAAGUCCCCACAGGCGCCUUGGGAUAUCGACGUGUCCCCCAAACACGUGGGCUUUGCCACCAUCCCACCGAACUACACCAUGAGUUUCCAGCUCCGCUAAGUCAGGGCUGCGGUCAAGACAGAGCGAGUGGGCGGGAACCGGAAGGGAAGGGCGGGGGCGGGGCUAGUGGGUGGGAGGGGCUAAGGAGAAAUGAAGGGACCUGGUUUACAGGCAAGAGGGAAGAAACAACAGAUUCCUUACCUUGCUAAAGAUAGAUCCUUUGAAGCUGACAUGAGCAAAGGGAAACCUUACACCGUGCUGUAAUA